AUGUAGUCGAUUUCAUCUGAGGUACUAAAAGCAGGAGUAACUAAAUCUAACAUCCGUUCUAAUGUGACAGCCAAGAGACCGAAUCAAUUAGGUGGAGGCAGAACUUAAUUGGGUCCUCCUUAGACUGGGAAGGAUACUCAAUAAUCAUCAUAGGAUAAUGUGAUAGUGAAGUAUAAAGAUAGCAUAGUAACACCAAAAGAAUUGAUUACUAAGAGAUUCCUAUAAUUGGCUGAACAGUUGAAGUAGAGAGGAAGAAUAGAAACUAAAAUAAUUACAGAAACCGGCUGA